ACCCACGACGACUGCGACACCGUCCGCGUGGCACGCCGAGCUUCAUCGCGGAUUCCCUCUCCAUUCCGCGGGCUCCUUUCCCAUUUCCACGCGUUUUCCAGACGAUUUGGGGUGUUUUUUGGAUGUAGCAAGGUUUUUUUUUUCAUUUUGUGAUUUGACAUCAUCGCCCCGCGAAAGAACAUCCUUGUGGAGGGAAUUCAAGUAAAUCCAUCCACCUUGACUUCCUCGGAUUCUGCUGUUAAUUCCGACUGUUUCCCGCCAAUUUUCACGCGUUUUCGAGCCAAUUUUUAGGUAUUUUGGCGACUCUCAAAGGGUUUUUUUCAUUGUGUAAAUUGGCAUUUUCACCCCCCGAGAGAGCAUCCUUGUGGAGGGAAAUCAAGUACUUGAAUCCAAGACUUCUUCUAUCGAUUCUAAAGUUCGUUCCGAGUGUUUCGCGCCAGUUUUCGCGUUUUCAAGGCGAUUUUGAUAGAUUUUUUUUUGCGAAUUUCAGGUGUUUUUUUCGUAGCGUGACUCGGUAUUUUCGCUCCACGAGUGAGUACCCUUGUGGAGAAAAUUCAAGUACUUCUAUCCACCACAACUUCUACAGAGUUUGCUGUCUAUUCCGAGUGUGUCGCGCCAAUUUUUAUGUGUUUUUGCGACAUUUCCAGUGUUUUUUUCGUAGUGUGAAUCGAUAGUUUUGCCACGGCGGAGAGCGUCUUGCAGUGUAUCCUCUGUCUACCGCGCCUCCCUCUGAAUCCGCUGUUAUUCCGAGUGUUUCCCGCCAAUUUCCACGCGUUUUCGAGCCAAUUUUUACGUGCUUUUGCGACCUUGAGUGUUUUUAUUCAUUUUGUGAAUCGGUCGCUUCUCCACAAUAAAGAGCGCCUUUUUUAAAGUGUACACCCUCUGUUUACCACGACUCCUUCGGAAUCCAAUGUUUCUCUAGUGGACUUCAGACCGAUUCUUGAGUGUUUAUAACUACAUUCGAAUCGUUUCUUUCUUUAUGAGAUUGGGUUGUUUCACUCCAUGUGGACGUGCUUGAGUGUACCUUGGAAUUGCCAAUUUUUCGGUCCGAAUCAGUGAGAGAGGAUCGUUUGCCUUGCCGACCGCGGGUGUAGAGGAACUGGUCCUCGCUGGAUUCGAUUCGCGGCUACCGGAGGAGCUCGAAGGCUCCGGAACCGGUUUAGGAGUUGGCGCCGGUUCUUCAUGUGAGGAGCUCGCGAGUGACGUCAUGGAGGAGCGACUCAUCGGCGCGGUCCGCAAACGGAUCUGUUUGUACGAUGUCCGAGAUCCCGACUACCGAGUCAACGAGAAGAGACUUGCCGCGUGGGAGGAGAUCGGCCAGGAACUUGGAGUCGGGGCGGACAAGGCGAAGAAGGAAUGGGAGAAACUGCGGCGGUGCUUCACGAACGCCCUCCACCGGCGGAGACAGAAACGAAGCCUGGACGAGUCGCGGGCGAUGCCGCCGUGGAAGUACGAGGAGGCCAUGUCCUUCCUGAUGCCCUCCUACAAAGUCAAGAAGAUGCUCAACGCGCAAGGGCAGGAGGAGCCCGGCGAACUGGCCGUCUACGACCCGGAGCCCUACCUCGACCACGCCAGUCUCAAGUCCGAGGAGCAUUCCGAGGAUAGCGACCUAGAGGAUCAUUUCGUCGUCCAUAAUUCGCACUGCUCUUCGACGGUCCCGAUGGACGCGUCGCUGAAGGAGGGGAGGAAGAGGAGGCGGAGUGAGGAGGACAUCCCGAUGGACGAGAUCCCGAUCCCUGACUGCAUCCUGAGGGACAGCUCCCCGCGGAGGAGCCUCCCCCUCCGACAGGACGACGUCCGGGACAUGGACGAGACGGAGCUGUUCUUCCUGAGUCUGGCGAGGACGACCAAGACCCUGCCCCCGGCGCAGCAGGCCAGGGUCAAGCUCCUGGUCAGCCAGGCCGUCUUCCAGGCCCAGAUGUCCUCCGUUGAGCCGGUCAACCUGUCGCUCCACAAGUCCAACAACAGCUGAUGUCUUGCCUAGUUCCCGAGGAUUUUUUAGCGAAAGGUGAAUCCAGGGUUCGAUUAGGGAUAAUUCAAGAUUAGAGAUAGCGCCA